UUGUGUUUGUGUGUGUGUGUGUGUGUGUGUGUGUGUGUGUGUGUGUGUGUGUGUUAUUUGAUCACACAAUGAGGCAAGCAAAUACACUUUCCUCUGCAAACUGACAGUGUGCACAACAUUCCAAUGGAUUACUAACUCCUGACACAUCUUUAACUGGACUGAUUCUACUGCAGCCAUGGUGCAGGAAUUCCAGAGUCCUAUUCGGGUCUACAAGCAUCCAUUUGAGUUGAUAAUGGCGGCUUACGAGAAGCGGUUCCCAACGUGUCCCAUGGUCCCAGUGUUUGUGGACAGUGAGGUCCUCAGUGAGAGCCAGAGUCACGACGGAGCCACUCGGGUGACUGAACGGCGCUGCACGAUCGACAUCGAUGCACCACGACUCCUCAAACGGAUUGCGGGUGUGGACUACUUGUAUUUCAUCCAAAAGAACACCUUGAACCGCAGAGACCGGACGCUCCAAAUUGAAAUCCACAAUGAAACCUUUUCUAACAGGGUCAUUGCCCGCGAGCGCUGCAAAUACACGGUUCAUCCCGAGAAAGAAGACUGGACCUGCUUUGAACAGACCGCCAGUCUGGAUGUCACCUCCUUUUUUGGUUUUGAAAGCAUGGCAGAGAAGAUAGCCAUGAAACAAUAUUCUAAUAGUAUAGAGAAGGGGAAAGAAAUCAUCCAGUUCCACCUGACGGAGCUGGCGAAAGAGGGGAUAACGCAUGUGCCUCGGUGGGAUUCGCCCGCCUCUACGCAAACCGUGCCUGGAAACCAUUCCAGAGACUCGCUCAGUGAUGAGGACCGCCUAAAAGUGACGCCCUCUCCUGAUGACAAAUUGGAUGCUGACUACAUCAGACGUUACCUUGGUAAUUUAAUGCCUCUGCAGGAAAGCUGUCUCAUUCGACUGCGGCAGUGGCUCCAGGAAACCUACAAGGGCAAGAUUCCAAAGGAUCAACAUGUGCUGCGCUUUCUGGCUGCCAAUGACUUCAACUUAGACAAAGCUCGCGAGCUCCUGUGCCAGUCUCUCACCUGGAGGAAGCAGCACCAGGUGGACUUCCUCUUGGACUCCUGGCAGCGCCCUCAGCUUCUCCAGGACUACUACAGUGGAGACUGGCACCACCACGACAAAGAUGGUCGGCCGCUUUACAUCCUGCGUUUGGGUCAGAUGGACACGAAAGGUUUGAUGCGAGCCUUGACAGAGGAGGUGCUGCUUAGACAGGUGGUCGCCAUCAACGAGGAGGGACUAAGGCGCUGUGAGGAAAACACUGCGGCCUUCGGUCGACCAAUCAGUUCCUGGACCUGCCUGGUGGACCUGGAGGGUCUCAACAUGCGUCACCUGUGGAGACCCGGACUGAAGGCUCUGCUGAGAAUCAUCGAAGCAGUGGAGGCCAACUACCCGGAGACUCUAGGCCGCUUGCUCAUGCUGAGGGCACCAAGAGUGUUUCCUGUGCUCUGGACACUGGUCAGCCCUCUGAUCAACGAAAACACUCGUAAGAAGUUCCUCGUCUACGCGGCCAACGACUACUGGGGACCAGGAGGUUUGGUGGAUUACGUCGACCGGAAGUUCAUUCCGGACUUUUUGGGAGGGGACUGUGUGUGUGACAUCCCUGAGGGAGGCACGGUGCCCAAGUCUCUGUACAGGACAACAGAGGAGCUGGACAGUGAAGACAGCCAGCUGCUGACAGACCUCCUAUACAAGAGUGCCAGUAUCUUCAAGGGAGUUCCACAUGAGAUUUUCAUCGAGAUCAUAGAAGACUCCUCCAUCAUCACCUGGGACUUUGAUGUGAUUAAAGGGGACGUGCUCUUCAACAUCUACCACUCCAAAAGGGCCCCGAAGAGAGACACAGCCGGGGCCAACGGGUUCCCGUCCUUGGGGACUGUCAGUUCCCCGCUGUUAGACAAGAGCUGGGUGUUGGGCCAGGACUACAGCACGGUGGAGAGCGCCCUCACCUGCACAGAGGGUGAAAGUGUACAGGGCUCUCACGUGGCACGCUGGCCUGGGUACUACAUUCUCCAGUGGCGCUUUCCCAGCUCCCUCAGUCCCUCGUCGUCCAGCCUGCCCUCCGUGGACGACAUGCUGGCUUCGCUGCAGGUCUCUCCCCACAAGUGUAAGAUCAUGUACUAUACCGAGGUGCUGGCAUCUCAAGACAUCAGGGGAUCAUUGACCAGUCUGGCGUCCAACCAUAGCGGUUUCUCCCAGCUCAGUUCUUCCACUACUUUUUCUAUCCAAUCACAGGGCAGCUCCACUGUCUCAAGGAGCGCGCCGGCAGCCCAAGCUUUGUUGUAGGAUUGUCAAACACGCCGGCUUGGACGCAAUCUGAUUAAAAAAGUAGUGAAAUGGAACGUUCGAGUGUGUGCUGUGCUUCUGCUGGGUCAAUAAAUGCUAUGCAACAUCAAGGUUAGGACGUGGCGCGGGCACGAGUGCUCGCACCUUUGUCACUGCUGCAGUCUUUUGAUUGUCCACCAGAUGUCAGUGUGCUCUUUUGCAGGAAAACACUCAAGCCUGAUUAUUGAAACAGUGCAAACAAGCAGGACUUUUUAACAGGUGUCCCUGUUAACAGUAGGAUUGUUUGUUUUGCAGGUACAUCUAAAAUAAGUUACAUAUUUUUAUCACUCUUUUCAGAGAGUGAAACUUGCAUAUUUUAAAGAUUCAUUGCACACUGUUUGUCUUGCAAAUUGGAAACUUAGGGUUAAUACAGAUAAUGAAAACCCCAAAUCCACUGUCUCAUAACAUUAUUUGUUAAAAUAAUAAUUAAAUAUUGUCAUAACAUAAUCAGCUAAUUUACCUAAAAACACAUGCAAUUAUUAGUGGCAAUUUUUUUCAUUUUGACCUAUAUUGGCAUGAACCUUUUCUAAAUUGAAUUUAAUGUUAUUUAAACUACAACUGUCAUGACCUGACACCGCAGCUCAUGUCUUGUUUUUCUUUCGUUUUUUGAUUUUCCUGUGUUUGAGGUUCAUUUAUUUUUCAGUGCUCCGUUUCUUCUGUACCUCUAGUUGCUAGGGGCGCUGAUUGGAAACACCGGUUUGCGUUUGAGAGUUUUGGGUUGACAAUAAAAACGUAAGACCUAUUUUUUAA